AUGGCAGUUUGGUUCUUCUCUGCCGCUAAAGCUGUUGCGGAGCUUCACUGCCGUUAUACUUGCGUCGUCAAUCACGAUGACCAGCAUCACCGGGUGCAGUUUCCGGGGGAGGGGCAUGGCAAUGGGCAUGGCGUGUGUAAUCUUUGCAUUUUUUGCAAGUCAGAUCCUGUUUCGGCGCCAACAUUGAUUCAGGCAGCCGCCUUGACAAAGUGGAUGACAAAACAGCCCGUGUCUGCCAUCUGCGUAACUGAGGUACUCAGGAGGGCGAUAACAAAACUGACUAACCACUGA